UACGCGUGUGGUUUCGCGUAAGAUCACAAAACAAUGUGACUUUCUGUAGGGAAUAUAAGGCCGUUUUUGAUGAUAAUCCUGUCAGUGACUCAUCUUUGUACUGCUAUCAUGACCACAUCGAUUUUAAGUCCUAUAAAUGCUCUGGAUGCGCAAAGACGGUGAUUGUUUACAUUGACUUUUUGUUCCUAUGCAUUUGUAUGCGCUGUGUAUGAUCAGUGUACAUUUUGACAACAAACUGUGUAGGCCUAUGAGGAUUUGUCCAGCAAGAUGAGUCGUUCUGUGUGCUUCGUUUGUGGCAGUUAUGGUGCUAACUGCACCUUGCAUAUCCACCCAAGGAAUGGUGGGUCUUUUUUCCCGUUUUUGGAGCAUCAUGACCCUCCAAAAGGAGCACCAAGACCCUCGCCCUCGGGUGAAGGAGCAGUCCGGUCUUGCAAAGUUUGUUACAGUUUCUUGAAUCAGCAAUGGGAGGGUUUCGAGAAAAAUAAAACGCCAACAAUCAAGCGAUUGUACUGGUUAAAGAGAACUGAUGACGGGCAGUAUACUGGCGCCGAGAUGAAUACACAGGGAGAGUACGCCGCCUUGUUAUUUGGUCUGCAUCACCACCGGUCUCCUUAUAAUAGUUACGGUGAUAAUCGAUCCAAUCAGAUUCCGGGAAUGAUGACGUAUCGCAUGGAUGAAGAUGACAACAGCCAGAGUCCGCCCCCUAUGCAAAAACCUCCCUUCGAUCACAAUGGUGCUCUGGAUUUAUCAUCUGUUGCAAUGAAACAAGAACCGAGAGUAGAGAAGACACACCCCAGUCGUAAAAUAACCCAAGAGCCUAUUGCACAUGAUGGCGAUGCUGGCAGCUCUACUAUGGUCUGUUUCACAUGUGGAAGAGUCCAGCCUUCAACUUCUGCAAAGUUUGUGUAUUCACGGAAACAGACUGAUGCAGUGAAGUUUUUUCCAUUCCUUGAGAGGCUUCGUCAUCCCCCUGGAGCGAUGCCUCUUACAAAACAAGGUCUGACACGUGUCUGUAGCUCUUGUUGGAAGUCACUCCAAUCUCAGUGGAAGUCGUAUGAGCUCGGGAACACUGCAGAGGAGCAGAGAGUAUACAGGUUAACUAACCCUGCAAUGGACAUGAUGGAGGCAGGAGCGCUCACUCCCAGUCCAGUAAAAUCUCCUGCAAAGUCAGAAAAAGUAAUGCAGUCAAUUCAAAUGAUUGAGGAGGCCUGUUACAUUUGUGCACAGGCAUAUCACAAAGAUACCCUCAAAUUGCUCUAUGCCAAAGAACCUUACAAAGGAAUCAUUGAUCCCAUGUACUUUCCAUUUGUCUACAGUUUGAAGUGUCCAAUGAAGGCUCGGCCCAUUGACUCUGAUGGUCGAGUCAUGGCCUGUCGCACUUGUUACAAUUUGUUAAAGAGUCAGUGGAUGGCUAAUGAGGACGGGAAUGUUCCUGUGGCUAACCGUACUUAUCGCCUGCAGCAACGCUUUACUGGAGAUCUAGAUGAUAAAUCUGCUGGUAAAGAAUCCCGAGUCUCUGACCUAAACGUCACCAAGCCCCUGAAUAUACAGAUCUCAAAUGCGAGUAGCCCUGGACCGUCUGGACGUCAUUCUCAAGGUCUGUUGGCGAUCGCAACGCCCUUGCCGUACUCCGAGGAUCAGGCGUCUUGGCACGGGGAAGACAAAUUAUUCCUUGCAAAUGGAAAUUCCAGUCGAGGUAGUAAUGGUGAAAGGAACCAAGUGGAGGAAAAGAUGAAGUCGUGUUACAAUUGUGGUAUCAAGUCUGCCGUCUCAAAAACUCAUAUCGUCUCUGCAUAUCCUCUGAAGAACAGCCAAAGUACAGCUGAUACAGUACCGUUCUUUCCAUUCCUUGCUAAUGUUGAUGCCGCGUCUGGUGCCAAGCCUAUUGAUGAGCGAGGUAACGUCAUACUGUGCCGCUAUUGCUAUCAUAGUUUCGUCUACCAGUGGCACGCAUUCGAAAUGUCCCAAAAAACUGGUGAUGGCAAUCGGUGGCUUCGGCGAUACAAUACAACAGAGUUUGUUUGUUAUUCUUGCACGUCACUGACCAAACGCAAACAUGUUAAAGCUAUCUGUAUCCGGAAGUACCCACAGUUACGUGGGGCGCCGCAACCAGAGGGCGCUAUUCUAAUGGAUGAGGGAGCGAAUACGAUAGUUUGUGUGCCGUGUUUGAAGAAGUUACGAGCUCGUGAUGAACCGGCCCAGGUUGUCUUACCUCCCAAGAUGAGGAAGGAGAAAUACAGAGAUGCAGCUUGGCAUGGUUACCAGGACUUCACCCAGGACCAGAAUGAGAAUUCCAACGGCAAGGAGAAGGUCAAACAUUCCAUUCCGCCUCGAGAUGGCGCUGUUGACUCCGAUGUUAUUGUCAUCGACAGUGACCACCAGAAGGCGCUGACCAAGAGUCGCCAUCGUCAGGAUAAAGAGGAAUCACCAGGGCUACCACAGGGCUCCAAGCCCCCUCCACUGACCAUGGUGAACCCCGCUAACAGCAAGGUCACAAGAACGACAGCCACAGUCCCACCACUCAGCCAGGUCUCGCCUAGCAGUAGCAUCACAUCAGUGGGCAACAACUCUGCCAUGAACGCAACCCGCGCAUCCAGUUUUGCAGCAGCUUUGAGGAAAUUGGCAAAACAGGCCACGGACCCUGCAGAUAUAGCAAGAGAACACAAUCCAGAGAUCUCACCCGUCUCGUCAAAUACGAGUCCACGAUCGUCGACGCCGAAGCGUGGGCCUCCGCCGCUGAUUUACAGCAACCAGUCGUCCAGCGCCAUCAACUCACCACCGGUGGUAACGAUAGCGCCGACACCCUCCCACACGAGCCUGUCCUCGCACUCACAUUCGAUUGAUGACAGACCAAUGAAGCAUCAUGAGCGCCCAGCCUCAGGUCGUAGCUCCACCUCAUCUGUCGAGCCUAUUGGUAUCAAACAGGAGAAGCCACAGUCGAGCGUUUAUGGGAUGUCCCAUGAUCGCCGGGAUUCUCUGUCAGAGGAGAGGUCAUCAUCGAAGGGAGAGUCAAGUCAAAAAAGCCACUUGCCUCCUGGUCGGGAGGAGCACAGAGGUUUCCAGCCAUACCGUCCAGGGGAGGGGCCUCCACCCCUACCCCCUCACUUCAGCAUGGACCCAGCUGCCUACAGCUACCAUCCAGCCUUCAUGCACCACACAUUCCCACAUCCAGCGUUCAGGUUCGACGACCCAAUGCUCCUGGAGAGAUAUCGUAUGAUGCAGCCAGGGUUCCUGCCAUAUCCACACCCGGGACUGAUGGCACAACCGGGUCUGCACCCACUCUUGGCUGGAGGGCGCUACCCACCUGAACUCCUGCAGCAGCAGAUGGCCAUGAUCUCGCCGAGUGGCCGUAUUUUGGACCAUAAGUCACCAGUCGGUGGUGACAGAGCUACUAUAGAGGAAGAAAUCCGACGAGACCAGGAGAGGGAACGAGAGAUUGAACGUGAAAGGGAAAGAGAGAGAGAGAGGGAACGAGAAAGGGAACGAGAGAGAGAAAGGGAACGAGAGAGGGAGAGGGAGAGGGCAAGAGAGAAGGAGUUAGAACGAGAGAGAGAGAGGGAACGACUGGAGAAGCUGAAGAGGGAGCAGGAGCUGAUGAUGAGGGAGGAUCAGAGGAAGAGUCCGUAUCGGGAUGACCACGCACCACGAUUUGGCUCGAUUACCCAGGGUACACCGAGAGACCCUUCAGCGUAUGGUGAAAGGUAUCGUAGCCUAAACAACUCGCCACGAGAUCUCCAUCGUGAUCCGAUGGUAGCGCGGCGCAUGGAGGAGGAACGAUGGCGAGACAAGGAGCGCCACCAUGUGAAAGAGGAGAGAGGCGCAUCGGGCCACCCGCCUUCAAGGGACCACUUAUCAAGGGAACAUGAACUUUUCACGAGGGAAUACGAGAAGCGUAUUGAGCUGGAGAAACGCUACAAACAGGACCACGAGAAACCAGGACCUCCACCACUUGUGUCACCAAAAACACAAGAGGAUCCAAGGUCACGGUCCCAAGGUCAUCAUAAAGGAGAGAAAAUGUCCAAUGGCUAUGAUAGGAAUAGUUUUGUGGAUUACGAACGUCGUCUUAUGUCCGAUCGGAUGUUCUCUCAAGAUCGGCACAUGGCCGAGCGCCCAAACGCCCACGUACAACCGCGCGUUGAUAACUCACGUUUUGACCAUGCUCGGGAGAAACCUAUCAAACAGGAGGGUAUGCAGGCCCGUUUGUUGGAGAACGAGAAAACGGGCACGUUUACGCGGCAGCAGAAUCAUUUUGACAUUUCCCGCCUUCCCCCACAUGUCCGGGACUCCUCGUACCCUUUAAAUUUAGCGUCUGACCGUCGCGACAGCCACAAUAGUCAUCCCAACAAGGAGAAUCAGUCAGCUACUCAGCAGGCUGACGCGGAAUUACUCUAUGAAUCUCAUCGCCCUGCUGUUAGUCGCUUGGAUAAGGAAGAGACGCGGCUACGACGGGCACGUCUGAACGGUGAAUACACAAGCGAUGACGAGUUAGAAUUGGAGGAAGAUUUGGACGAAGAGGAGGAAAAGAACUGGCAGCGAUUGUUGACGAUUGUCGAGGGGCCACCGGCACCACUGGAUACAUCCGAAAAUAAAUUGAAGUAUCUGUCAAAUAUUGGUCUGGUGUCGCAUCGGAGGAAAUCAGAUGUCAACUUCAAAACGUUAGCUAAACAUAGGAAAAGGAAUCGUGAACCUAGUCUAAGUCCCGUCCUACUCGCCGAGCAAGGUGACGAACGGCCACGCACAUCAAAUCUUACCACACGCUAUAACCCAGAUGAUUUGUGUCGAGAGGGAGAUUACCGCAUGAAGUCACGAUUUCUCGUGGAGAUGGGACUUGAUGCUGUGCCAAUGGAGAAAAAAAGAGAAAUGGCUGCCAUAAGAAGGGCCGUACUUGAAGAAACGCUGCGAAGAAAUGGUGUAUUUGAGGAGCUUGACGUAACUGGAAACCGUGACAAUGCUUCUUCAGAUAUCACUCCAAGCACGGUUGGUGUCAAGCGUAAACAUGAGAGGUCGCCACCACAGCUGAUGCCCGACUCGUCAAAGAGAAUCCAACUUGAUCAUCACAUGCGCCAUCGGGAGUCGACCAAGGCCCAAGCUGUCAUCUUCCCGGAAGCGAGAGAGAAGAAUGUCACAUCAGGCCUCAGUAAGGACUUCGCACAAGAAUUCCACGAGUCCGUUUUGAAAGCAACAAGGCAGCAAGAGGCCACAAGGGCAGCUCAUGGACAUGGUCAUAAAUAUCCGCCAAGUUCUCAGGAACCGUCAAAACAUGUGGUGAACAAUGAGACGAUCCGUUCGUACGAGCGACCGUCCGAUAAUCAUAACCUGUCGCAGUCGGCGAGGACCGAUCCCAACAUAUCAUACCAUAAAAAUAGCGUGAGGCAGGACCAAGCUCUCAGGGAGAGGCGCACGGACGCGCAUGCUCGCGAUAUCUCCAGGGAUGGAACGAGAGAUCGGGCCCAACCAACAGACUUGUCACAACCCAUGUUGGAAUCACGUGAAUAUUCACGGCAGGGACACGAAUCUUCACAUUCACAUUUACGCCUGGAUAGCCAUAGACGCGAUUCACAUUCUGAAAACCAUCGCAGGAAUUCACAUCCACGUGUUGAUUUGCAUGGGCGGGAUUACAGUUCACGGACAGAUACACAUUCGCAUGUAGACAGACAUUCACGUGAUUCACGUGUAGAGGGUCAUGGAAGGGAUUUACAUCUACGAGUGGAUGGUCAUAGGCGGGAUUCACAUACGGAUAGUCAGACACGUGAUUCACAUUCCCAUUCAGAUCAUCAUGCACGUGAUCACCAUUCACGAUUAGAUAGUCAUGGACGUGAACGUGUUGAUAGCCAUUCUCGUGAAUCGCAUUCACAAACUGAUAUUCAUGCACGUGAUUCAUCCCAGUCUCGUUAUGAGAGCAUGCGGGAUGCUUACAAUCGUGAUUCCUCUCAUGCGCACGCUCGUGAUUUGUCAUACUCACGUCCAGAGACGCAAGCCCGGGAUUAUUCUCAAACUAGUAUCGAAGCUCAUUCCCGUGAUCAGGAUUCACAUCCGAAGGAUUUGUCGCGGUCACAUGCUAAUUCACGGAAUACUCAUGUGGAUACUCAUCGGGACUACUCGCGUGUUGAUAAAUCCGUGGAUUAUCCUGAAUCAUUCCCGCGUGAUUUGAGCAUCGGUUCUAAAGACACCACACACAGCGUCGGCGCAGUUCUCCCCCAGUCCAUGCGAAUAGAUAACCUAUCGCAGUCCUCACGAACUGAAUCCUCUUCGGCCAAUGCAAAAGACAUUCCAACGACGCAGCCCUCCAGUCAUCGUUACGAUUCAGCAACAGCAGCAGCCGGGUAUCCAAGGAGUCAACUGGAACUUUACGCGGCGGCGUAUGACGGAGCAAUGCCAUUCCGUUGGCCAGGGAUCGAGGUGCUAAUGGAGUCAUAUCAACGAUAUGCAGAAGAACAAAGGUUAGAAAAACAAUUCCUUGAGGAACAAGUCAGUCACUCAGCUGCGCAAAAUCACGAACUCAAUCGAAUGGCAGAGAGACUCAGUCUCCGGAUGUCGGAUGUAAUCCAAAUGAAGCGGCAGCAAGAUUCGGAGCGUGGCCAUAUCCAAGGAUCCAUAGAUAGUCUGAAAAAGUGCCUUAAACAUCUGCCGGAAUGAUAUACCAGUGCUGCAAUCUAGUGACAGAGUCAUGAACUGCCAAAUGUGUUUAGAUGGCUGUGCAUAUUGCCUGUGCUGCUUUGUUGCCAAGACAUGCUGUAAAAUAGAAGUUUCUUGGGGAGUGGACAGUUGUGUUGGACAAUUGUCUGUUCCAUUGAUGCAGCUCGAGUCUUAUUUGGUGGGGAGGUUUCAAACGCCUCCUGGUGGUGAUAAAUGAAACUUCAGGCAUAGUCGCACAAUUUGUGGUCAGUGGUUGAAUAUCCUAGCAUUCUGGGAGUGGUUUCGAAACUUCAUUUAAAUAUUGCCGAAAAAAUUCACCAAUUUGCAUGUGUAUGUUUGAGUGCAGUCCCCUGAUCGGAGGACCGGACCAAGAAAGUUGCACUUUUCAGCAUUUUUCAAGUGCCUGUGUGUCAAAGGCCCUCCGAAUGAUUGCACUGUUUCUUUCUGAUAUCAUUCCUGUGUUAGUUGCCACUCAAAAUGUUGUCCACAAAGCCUCAGUGAAGUUAUGAUGUUUUGAAACUGUACAGAAAUGGUACUGUUUUGGUCUAAUGGUGUGAUAAUGUUCAUUGUGUGUUUUGAGAUGAAUGUUGUGGAGGAAGCGGCAUCUUUGCCACGUCACUGUCAUUGUUUAGUUUCACUGCCGAAAAAGAAAUAGUAUCAUUUUAACAAAUUCUUUAGGAGUGGAGAGGGUAUUGGAAAAUCCUCUGAGGAUUGCAAAGUCUCUAGUUUGUUCCCUGUGAAAGUCCUCAAGACUGAUAUGGGUCAUGGGAUAUGCCUUUUUAACCAGGCAGCCUAAUGUCAAGGGGGGGGGAGGGGGGUUAAUGAUAAGGGUAUCUUCGAUACCAGCCUAACUCGGUUCAACUUGUGACGGUAUGUGCUAUUGGCCAUGCCGUGAGAUAUGCAUGUCUUUGUUUGGGGGUAUGCAAGGGGACAAUGUCUUGUUCUAGAGUCAACCUGACUUUGCAAAGGUUGAUGAAAGGUAAUUUAUCGUGAAAAUUGUACAUUGUAGACCAAUUGUUUUCAAAUCAUGUAAAUACAAGAUGCUUAUAGUCUGUGGAUCGGGGGGGGGGGGGGGGGGGGAGAUGGCUUUCGUAGAUGGUAAUGGAAGCUAAUUUUGUCUUGGACGGAUGGUGUUGAGUGCCAACACUGAUACUAAAAAAUUAAAAUAACAGGUGGCGAGUUACAGUCCUACCGAUUACUGUGUUGUCUCCGAUGAACAGCAGUUUUACUCCCAAUGUUUGAUGUUAUGAAAAGAGUACAUUAUUAUGUGAAAUAUUUGCAAUGGAUAAACAUGCAGAAUGAUGUUGUUUUAUUAUUAGAUUAUUUAUAAGUGUCUCCUGCAUAUUAUGAUAUACAUACACAUGCACUUACUGUGCCAGCUCAGUUAAAUGAGCCAUCGACCCAUGAUUAACUGGAAUUACAGCAAAGGCAUGGACAUUUACUGGUGAGAGUAUAUGUCUGUAUAUUCAGGGAUUUCCAAAAGCAAAAGAGAAAUCGAUAUAGCCAUUGCAGCUACUGAUCCUUGGCGAAAAAAUAACACUUGGAAUUCUGCACUUUUAUGCGGCAAAUCUGUUGAGAUGACAUUGCUGUUUUACUGGGUUGGCAAAGUUAAUGAUACAUGUGUGUAUUGAUACUCGUAUCAAACACAUUCACCAACAUACAUCACAUGUAUAUAUAUGUUCACAUACAGGUACAUGUGUUAUAUAAACACAUUCUUAUGUAAUACAUGUACAUGUUCUAUAUACAUACACAUACAAGUAUAUUUAUUAUUCUGGCUAUGAGAUAUAAACAUAUAUAGUGGAGCUAUGACUAUUCUAGGUUUAUUUAAAUAUUACAUAAAUGUACGCAAUCCUAGUGGUCGCAAUCCAUGUGGUCGCAAUCCUCGUGGUCGCAACCCUAGUGGUCGCAUUUGAUAGGCUAGUUUACAUUCCACUUUGGAAUAAAAAAUUGAAUAAAAUA